CCAUGAUUUUGGCACGGCGAUGCAGCCUCAGCAGCCUGGUCCUCGUUUUAUGCCUAGCGGCCGGUCAAGAGUUGCAAGCUUCCCAGAACUGCAUGACAAAACAUCAAGUUCUGGCUACCAUCCGCCAAAUGCAGCAGUUUCUCAAAGGCCAGGAAACACGGUUUGUUGAAGGACUACGCAUCAUGAAACACCGACUCACAAAUCUGCAGAACACUGUGACUAAAGCUAUCCCAGACCUACAAACUGUGUUCUGUCCUAAAUUGGAAGCUCCAGCAAAUGGCAAAAAAUUUGGCACAAAAAAUUUGGUGGAUCAUGAAGUCCAUUUCACCUGUGAUCCUGGAUUUCAGCUUGUUGGUUCCAAUUCUCGAAUGUGUCAGCCAAAUGGCAGCUGGACUGGAGAAGUUGCACACUGCAAAGAUAUUAGUCUGUGCACAAAUCACCAGUGCCGGAAUGGAGGAACAUGUACAGAGACAGGUGACCAGGUUCAAUGCAUUUGUUCACAGGGAUGGACCGGCCCCAAUUGCCAGUAUCAAACGCAGACAGUACCUCCAGCAUGGAGCAUAACAAAUGACCCAGCUUUCAGUCGCAAGCCGCGCUGUGCCCAAUUAGAUCGAAUGCAACACUGCAGCUGUGAAGCGGGCUUCCAUAUGAGUGGCACCACAGAAAACAGUAUUUGCCAGGAUGUGAAUGAAUGUGAAAUUUACAAGCUGGAGGGAGUUCCUCGUCUGUGUAUGCACGCUUGCAUCAACACUCCUGGCUCGUACCACUGCUCCUGCCCCCCUGGAUACAAGCUCUUCAAUGAUGGGAAAAAUUGUGAAGAUAUAGAUGAAUGUGCACUCUCACUGCACAGCUGUAUUAGGGGAACAACAUGCAUUAACAUCGGAGGAAGCUUUCAGUGUGUCAAGCCAGAGUGUCCCCAGACUGCUGGAAAUGUCAGCUAUGUGAAAACAUCUCCCUUUCAAUGUGAACGGAAUCCGUGUCCCAUGAACAGCAGAUCAUGCCAUCAAGCCCCCAAGACGAUCUCCUUUCAUUAUCUCCCUCUGCCAUCCGAUCUCGCCACUCCCACUCCUCUCUUCCGCAUGGCAACUGCUUCGGCCCCUGGACGGCCAGGUCCUGACAGCUUGCGGUUUGGGAUUAUAGGAGGAAACAGCCGAGGACAUUUUGUGAUGCAACGCUCGGACAGACAGACUGGAGAACUCAUGCUGGUACAAAGGCUACAAGGGCCUCAGACCAUAACAGUGGAGGUUGAGAUGUCCGAGUAUCUAGAUCGCACUUUCCAAGCUAAACAUGUUUCCAAAAUUACCAUCUUUGUAUCAGUAUAUGAGUUUUAAAGGAGGUUGAUUCAGCAUGGGAGGAAAAACAAUUUUACAUCAGGAACUUUUCUUUGGUUUCACUAUUGGCUCCAUGUCAAAGACUCCAGAAUUAAGAAUGGCAUCAAGCAUGGCUUGGCUUUCUCACCUGAAUUAACAUCGUCCACUUCUUUUCAGCAUUGCUGGCAUGUAGUCUUUCUGCUUCUAUCUUAACACAUCUUUAGAUGACCUGAAGCCCUUGAAAGAAGGGAAGAAUAGCAGUGUAACCUAUCUAUCAAUUAUUGUUGCUCCAGCGACACUUUGUACCCCAUCUAGCUUCAACCUGCCCUUUGUGAGUCAAUGCAGCAUAUUCUAGAUAUAGAUAGCCAGUCUUUAACAAGACUACCUGCAUUCUAGAAGACUCUAAGAAAGGAGAAUAUAGGAUCCUUCUGUGGACAAUGUACCUAAGCAACAAUAUUAUCAUAGUGAGAGAGGUCGUUCCUAUUUUGUAACAUUG